AUGUCUGCCAGUCCAUCUCCCUCCGCCGGUGGUGACACCAAACCCUCCGACCAGAUCCACUUCCGUUUCUGCCGCGAGUGCUCUAACCUUCUCUACCCCAAGGAGGACCGCGAAACCAACACUCUUAAAUUCACCUGCCGCACCUGUCACGUCGGCGAGGACGCGACCUCCUACUGCGUCUACCAGAACAAGCUGAACAGCCAGGUUGGCGAUACCGCCGGUGUCACUACGGACGUCGGUUCCGACCCCACGGUUUGUCUCCCUGCUGUCUUGUCUGGUCUUUGUCUUUUCUGCGGUGUCCCGAUCGCCUGCGCCGUCUGCGAGGAUACACUUUGA